AUGGCCCCUGCUAAUUUUGCUGUCCCAUUUCCUCCCACGCAGCGGCUCACUCUGAAGGAGGUGUUCGAGGAUGGGAAGCCUAGGCUUGACGUCUUGAAGAGCCACUUGGUAAAGGAAGGGCGCCUGGAAGAGGAUGCGGCGCUGAAGAUCAUCAACGAUGGGGCUGCCAUCCUUAGGCACGAGAAGACAAUGAUUGAAGUGGAGGCUCCGAUCACAGUGUGCGGUGACAUUCAUGGGCAGUUUUUUGACCUGAUGAAGUUAUUUGAAGUUGGAGGAUCACCCAAUAACACCCGCUACCUCUUCCUGGGAGACUACGUGGACAGAGGCUACUUCAGUAUAGAGUGCGUGCUGUAUUUAUGGAGUUUAAAGAUAAAUCAUCCCAAAACGUUGUUCCUCCUUCGAGGGAACCAUGAGUGCAGGCACCUCACAGAAUACUUCACCUUUAAGCAGGAAUGUCGAAUCAAGUAUUCGGAGCGAGUGUAUGAUGCAUGUAUGGAUACAUUUGACUGUCUUCCUCUUGCUGCCCUCUUAAACCAGCAAUUUCUGUGUGUUCAUGGAGGACUGUCUCCAGAAAUCACGUGUCUAGAUGACAUUAGGAAAUUAGACAGGUUUAAGGAGCCUCCAGCCUUUGGUCCAAUGUGUGACCUGCUCUGGUCCGAUCCAUCGGAGGAUUACGGCAAUGAGAAAACGCUGGAGCAUUUCGCCCACAACACUGUUCGAGGCUGCUCCUAUUUCUACAGUUAUCCUGCAGUUUGUGAAUUUUUGCAGAACAAUAGUUUGUUAUCUGUAAUCCGAGCUCAUGAAGCCCAGGAUGCUGGGUACCGAAUGUACAGGAAGAGCCAGACAACAGGCUUUCCGUCAUUAAUCACAAUCUUCUCUGCACCAAAUUACCUAGAUGUCUAUAACAACAAGGCUGCUGUACUGAAAUAUGAAAACAAUGUCAUGAACAUCAGGCAGUUCAACUGUUCCCCUCAUCCGUACUGGCUUCCAAACUUCAUGGAUGUCUUCACAUGGUCUUUGCCUUUUGUAGGGGAAAAGGUCACAGAAAUGCUCGUUAACAUCCUCAACAUAUGCUCCGAUGAUGAGUUGAUUUCAGAUGGUGAUGAGACAUUGGAAGAUCACUACAUUUCAAGCUAUCAGAAAGGUGGGACAACAGUCCGUAAAGAAAUCAUCAGGAAUAAGAUUAGAGCCAUUGGGAAGAUGGCACGUGUCUUCUCGGUUCUGCGAGAGGAGAGCGAGAGCGUGCUGACUCUCAAAGGCCUGACUCCCACAGGUACACUGCCCCUGGGAGUGCUCUCAGGGGGGAGGCAGACCCUACAGACUGCCACAGUAGAAGCGGUAGAGGCACGGGAAGCCAUUCGUGGAUUUUCACCGCAGCACAAGAUCCGCAGCUUCGAAGAAGCCAGAGGGCUGGAUCGCAUUAACGAACGCAUGCCGCCACGUAAAGAUUCAAUGCACUCAGACGGGCCGGUGAACUUGGUAACCUCAACAAACUCUGCGGACAAGAAUGGCACAGGGAAGAAAGCCCAGUAACGGUUCGAGCGCCCAAUCUGCACCACUAAAGGAUCCAAAACUU